CAUUUCCUCAGCUUCUAAAGGGACAGUUCUCAUUCAACCAUCUUAUAACAAGUUGUUGUGCUCAUUCAUUCAUAUCCGCUGGCCCGAAGGCGGAGUCCCAAGAUCGCCGAAGCCACCAGCCAUUGUGAAGCAAGCAAACGCCUACUAUUCUCAUGAUACUUCACUCAACGCUAGGCGCCGUCGCGCCUGCUUACCUCUUCUGCAUCAAGUUGCAGAGAACGAUUCAUCGGCAGUCAAAACAAAACACGACUACACACCUGGAAACACCUUUCCGUCGUAGAGCUCAUUUUCUGAAGCGGUGUGUUCUUGUUUUCUCCUGCUCUGCUCGCUCAGGUUCUGCUUGAGCGGCAAGGCAGCGGACCCACACGACCAAAUAUG